ACAUGAAAUCACAGAGACUCCGACAGACCUGGGAUUAUCAGUGACAGAUCAUCACACGUGGACUUUACCGAACAUGGACUAGCCUGGGAGCACACACAGAGACAGAGAUUUGGUUUACAGGUGUCAGCAUGCAGGAGUCUCCAGGAGCCGUGGGCGUGGAUGGAAGCUACGCCAGCAACGUGCCGGCCUUCCUCACCAAACUGUGGACGCUGGUGGAGGAUCCGGAUACCAACCACCUGAUCUGCUGGAGCACAACUGGAACCAGUUUCCACGUCUUCGACCAGGGACGCUUCGCCAAGGAAGUUCUGCCAAAGUACUUUAAACACAACAACAUGGCCAGCUUCGUCCGGCAGCUCAACAUGUAUGGUUUCCGGAAGGUGGUGAACAUCGAGCAGAGCGGCCUGGUGAAGCCCGAGAGAGAUGACACGGAGUUCCAACAUCUGUAUUUCCUGCAGGGCCACGAACACAUGCUAGAGCACAUCAAGAGGAAGGUGUCCAUAGUGAAGAGUGAGGAGACCAAAGUUCGUCAGGAGGACCUCAGCAAGCUGCUAUAUGAAGUUCAGCUCCUCAGGACACAGCAGGACAACAUGGAGUGUCAGAUGCAGGACAUGAAGCAGCAGAACGAGGUUCUGUGGAGAGAGGUGGUCUCACUGAGACAGAACCACACACAGCAACAAAAAGUCAUGAACAAGCUGAUUCAGUUUCUGUUCAGCCAGAUGCAGUCCAGCACACCCAGCACGGUGGGCCUGAAGAGAAAGCUGCCCCUGAUGUUGGACGACGGCUCUCCCAGCGCUCCUGUCUCCAAGUUCAGCCAUAAUCACCAGAUGGAGCCCAUCCACGAGCCUUUCUUCAUUCAGUCUCCUUCCAGUGACUCUGCUUCCUGCUCCACCGCCGGACUGACAGGAGGACCAAUCAUAUCCGAUGUUACUGACAUGUCUCAGGCCAGCAUGGCCCUUCAGAUGCAGACAGAUGAGACCAGGGAGAAGUGCAUGAUGCUGAUCAAAGAGGAGCCCGUGAGUCCAGGAGUCAGAGGAGGAGGGAAAGGAGGGAGUAUGGGGGGAGGAGAGGCCGGUGCUCUCACCUCCACCUGUGAGGUGUGCUCCUCGGAGCCUCCUGUCCUUCCCGUUGCCAUGGUGCAAUCUGUUCUGGAGGGGAGGGGCUCCAUGGUUGAGAGGAGAGCGAAGAGACCCCCCAUGGACAGGGUGGAAGUCUCGGACAGUGUGGAUAAUGUGGACAUGGGCCUGGAGGAGCUGCAGCAGCUGUUACUCAGGAGCCAUCAGCAGGGCUUGGUGGAGGCGGGGACAAGCACCGUUAUGGACCCUUUCAGUCUCAACCUGCCUCUGAACGAGUGGAACUUCACAGAGAUGGAGUCCAACCUCAAACCAUACAUGUUCCAAAACCAAGAAGCAGAAGCUUUUCCAGCUGCCGGCUGUGAGGAACACUGACUCUGCUGUGGUUUGACCUUUUGGAACUGAAAGGUCAGAGCAGCUGCUGUUCUACUUAGAAUGAGUUUGAUCUGAAAGCCCUUCCAGGCUGAAUCAUUACACACCAACACAUAAACAAUAUAAGGCUCAUUAAAGUGACUUUCUGAAAAUCAGAGCUUAUAUUUAAUGGUUAGCUGGCUGCCAUUAUUUCCAUCAGCUCCAUGGGCAUGAGCGAUGCCUCCAUUCAUGGCUAACCAAACAAACAAGUGUGUUAUGACAUGAUUAGACUCCAACAUAAAGCCAGCUGAAUGCAGACGCUGCAUUUAUGGCUCUUGCACUUUAGUCUUUGUGUGAGAGGGAGUUCCUGCUUGUAGAGGUGACUUUUUCUUCCUAUAAAGAAACUUUUACUGAUGUAAACAUGAUUAUUUUCUAUUAUUUUGGCUGUUAGGAUAUUGUAUCUGUAUUGAAGAGCAAACUUUGGUAAAAUAAUCACUGUGAAAAUGGAUGGUGGGGGACAUGUCUCUUAUUAUAUGAUUUUUUUCAGUCUGUGAAAGGGCUUCUCAAACGCUUCACACAUCAUGACAGUUGUUACGGCAGAUGGAAGGUGUGUUAGUCUGCAUGAUACAAAGCAAGAAUCAACAUCCCAUACGAGCCUUUGUUAAAGAGCUGUAUCAUGUAGGGCAAUUGUUCCUUUGCACAGAUCUGACACGUAGCCAGAGACGUAGUUAUUUCUCUUCUGUCCAUUUAAAUGUGAAAUAUUCAAGGGAAAUAUGACAAGUUAGACUUAUCAUUUGACAAAAGCAUGAACAUGACUGCAUUUUUGCACAAUCUAGAUCUCUGGUUAGCUAGGAUCAUGACAACAGGCUGUUUUUUGUUUGUAAAGGACUCUGUUGUGCUUUUCAUGCUUAUUGGAUGAGCUAUUAGCCUCAACGGCCAGAGGUUUGAAGAGCAAAACCUUCUGACUUGGAGACAAAAUGUCACCAUAAGUUUUUGGAAAGUAAAACUAUGCAUUAGUGAGAACAUAAGAACCCUGAUGAAUCCAGGAAUUUUCACACUCUUCACAAGAAAGAAAAUAUCUGACACUGAACUGUCCUGGAGCUGAUUUUAUUAUGGUUGACUUUGUUUUAGUAAAUGUAUGGUGGCGUGGUUAAUUAAGAAUAUAAUCUGUUAUAGAACCAUGUAUACCUGCUUGAAGAAAUGCAUAUGAAUUCUAAUAAUACAAAAAUUAUGAAUAACUAACCUGUUCUGUCCCUGGAUGUAAAAUAUGGAUGCUUAGCACUGGUUGCAGGCAACAGUUUAAUCUUUGAACUAAAUAUGAUAAUGGAAUAAGUUGAAUUGUGCAAUAUUGUACAGAACUGUGAGAACAUUGCAAUAUAUGGAUGACCAUAGGAAUGUAGGAGACCGAACUAUGAGUGGUUGACUGGAGCGCCACCGUGGUGAGACGCACAGCUGAGGGACGAUGUUAGCCUGCUGGUCCAGAAGCCCUGCUAUUCACGCUAAGAUUCACGUUGAACUGUUCAUGCUAAACUAUUCAAGAAGAGCUAUUUAUGCUAAACUAUUCAUGCUAGCUAUUCACACUGAGCUAUUUAUGCUGGACUGUUCACUCUAAGCCAUUCACACUAAGAUGUUCACACUAAGCUAUAAACGCUAAUCUGUUCAUGUUAAGGUGGACAGAAGCGCUAAACUGGUCUUAGCAUUAGCA